GUGCAGCAACCAUCUAGCGCCGAUCAACAAAACGCAAUCAUUCAAAAGGUCAACAGCCGUCUAAACCUACCGCUACCCUACGAUCAGCAGCUACGAGGCGUGAGGCUGAACAACAUGUUCCGCAUGACCAACGGCCGCGUCCGCACCGUCGGAAUCUCUGAGGUUCGCACCACCUUCGCUAACGACAUGGCGAUGCCGCAGUAG